GGGGCUCGGGGGCGAGCGAAGUUUCGCUCCGCAGCCACAUCAAGGGCAGCUGCGGGCAGGAGGGGGGCGCCUGGGGCGGCUGCGGCGCGGCAAGAGUUAACUGACCCCGGGUUCCUGCGCCGCUGCGUCUCCCGGAGUUGCUGAAACUUUCUUGGAAUGUAGGGCGAGUUUCUUCUUCCCCCACCUGGGCAGGAGCGACUGUGAUGGACAACGGCAUGGACUUCCAAACCGAUGUGCACCCGGGGCCUGGCUUUGGCAGCCACAACCUUCCCGGGGAGCUCCUGGAGCCUCCAGCCAUGGACCUGGAGGAAGGGGCCUCGCCAACACUGGCCAUACCAACGGCCUGUGAACAAAGCCUGCGCAGCCUGCAGCAGCCCGGAUCCCCCUUCAGUGCCCUGCGCUCCAACCUCAACCCCUCUGCAGCUGAGGCUGAACUGUCUGUUGGUGCAGCCAUCGCAGAGCCGACUGUCCCCGAAAGCCCUCUGAGGGGCCUGCAGACCCCCGGCCCCGCAGCUGCUCCUGACUCAGCCCUCCAGGCAGCUGGGGAAGCACGUGAUGAUGCUUGCAGGGACCUGGGAGGGGGGAUGGAAGACUGCGAGGACACUGCAGCACCUGGGAGCGAUGCUGACUGGAAAGGGAACCCAGAGGGAGCCCACCCGGGGGUGGAUUGUCCCAGAGUCCCGGCCAGCACGGAGCAGGGUGACCUGGUUUGCAUGGACCUGGAUGAGGAGCCUGAGGCCCACCUGAGAGGGGAGGAGUGGGCCGAGAGUGUGGAGGAUGACGACCAGUUGGAGAUCCAGGGCCUCCUUGCCCAGCUCCAGAUCCUUAGCCCCAGCUUCCACGACGACUUGCCUGCCUUGGAGGACGACCCGCUGCUGGCGUCGGACUGUGGCGCAGGCCCUUUUGGGGGAGACGCAGCACUUCCCCACAAACGGGCCUUUGGCGGCUGCCGGGGCCUGCUGGGCGAGUGCCCUCCCUGCCUGCUGCACGUUGCCAUGGGGAGAGGCCUGGCAAUGCAGCCCUGCCAUGCUCAGCCCUCCGCCUGCUCCCGGAGGAGCCAGGAGAGCCAUGGCCUGCUCUUUGCAGAGGCUGACCGGGAGGACUUGCUAAGCCUCCUGCACCAUGAGGGGGGGCUCCCAGCGGAGGCCACUGAGGAGACCCCCCUCGCCAGGUCAGACAUCCUGGCUGGGAGCGACGGGGAGGUCCUGCAGUGUCAGGAGAGCCCAGUGGCCCAGCAGGCGGAGGAGGCCGCUUCACAGCCAGGCAGCUCGCAGGCAGAAGGCUCCUGCCGGUGGUAUCGGAGAGGGGGAGCCCACGAGAGAGACUCUGCCUGUGUGUCCCCGGGCAGUUGGGACAGCUCCCCAGAGCCCGUGUGGGUGGCCAUGUCCCCUCCUCCCAGCCAGGGUCUGGAGCAGCCCUCCCCCAGGAGCACAGCUGUUAAAGAAUCCCAGGCGGCCUAUCCGGCCUUCAAAGAGGUGGCAGGCCCCUGUGAGCCGGAGGAUCUCCUGGAUGGAGUGAUCUUCGGAGCAAAGUAUCUAGGCUCUACACAGCUGGUCUCGGAGAGGAACCCCCCUGCCAGCGUCCGCAUGGCGCAGGCCCAGGAGGCCGUGGACAGGAUAAAGGCGCCGGAGGGGGAGUCCCAGCCCAUGACCGAGGUGGAUCUGUUUGUCUCCACCCAGAGGAUCAAGGUCCUGACGGCCGACUCGCAGGAGGCCAUGAUGGACCAUCCGCUCCAGACCAUCUCCUACAUUGCGGACAUCGGCAGCAUCAUUGUGCUGAUGGCGCGCAGGAAGCUGCCGCGGCGGGCAGACACCUCGCAGGAGAAGCGGCUCUACAAGAUGAUCUGCCACGUCUUCCAUUCUGCGGACGCUCAGCUGAUUGCCCAGGCCAUCGGGCAGGCCUUCAGCGUGGCAUACCAGCAGUUGCUGCAGGCCAGCGGCAUCGACCCGAGCCAACUCUCCCCUGGCCAGGACAGCCGCGCCCUGGAGAGCCAGGAGCUGCACAACGGGGACCUGGCCCACUUCUCCAAGCAGGAGAACUGCAAGGAUGUCUGCAUCCGCAAGCAGAAGGGGGAGAUCCUGGGCGUCGCUGUGGUGGAGUCGGGCUGGGGCUCCAUCCUACCCACCGUGGUCGUCGCCAACCUCAUGCAUGGCGGCCCUGCGGAGAAGUGCGGGGAGCUGAGCAUCGGGGACCGGCUUAUGUCCGUCAACGGGACAAGUCUGGUGGGGCUGCCCCUGAGCACCUGCCAGAGCAUCAUCCGGGACCUGAAAUCGCAGACCGAGGUGACGCUGAGCAUCGUGCACUGCCCGCCCGUCACCACGGCAAUCGUCCGCCGGCCCGACUCCAAGUACCCGCUGGGCUUCUGCGUGGAGGAUGGCAUUAUCUGCAGCCUGAUGCGAGGGGGGAUAGCGGAGAGAGGCGGCAUCCGAGUGGGCCAUCGCAUCAUCGAGAUCAACGGGCAGAGCGUGGUGGCCACGCCGCACGAGAAGAUCAUCCAGCUCCUAACACAGGCCAUCAGCGAGGUCCAUAUCAAGACCAUGCCGGCCUCCACCUACCGGUUACUGACAGGCCAGGAGCAGCCCAUCUUCCUCUGAAGGGUGGAGUUUGCAUUUACCCCGUCUGUGGCUCUGCACAUGUACCAGCUACGUGGCUUUGGGGCCCCGGCCUGGGGCAGCAGCCCACAAGGAAAGGAUGUCACUGCAUCUCCAGUUCCCUCGGGGCCUGCUG